UUUCUCGCCUCUCGGCCCCAGCCUGUGCAAAUAGGAACGAGGCCUGAUCGUGCAAUGCCGCCAAGCGGGUAUGGUGGUGGAGUAGGCGAGCACAUUUGGUUAGGGUUGGCACCGUUUUGGGGAUUUUGUCAAGAUUCCCGCCGGCGGAUGUUGCUUUUGUGGGUGGCGUAUAGCUAAGGGCCUGGCAUCAUCAGUCAGCGCAAUUUCGUGGGGCCGUGACUCGAUGGCCGUGCCUGUCCCUCGUAUCUGCUGUUGGGAAGCAGGCAAGCAGGCAAGCACGCCGAGGAAAGCGACCUGGUCGAGGGUGGUCUGAUCGAGAGAUUAUGAAAUCACAAUAAUCCAGACUCGUGCAUGUCUUCCCAAAGCAGGCGUUGAUGGUGCCCGCCGCGAUCGACGUUGCAUUCUUGGAGGGCGGAUUGCCGGGGCGUGAAUGGAGUGUUUCGCCAACCCCCCUCCCCCCCAGUGCCCCCACUGCCCAACCCAUCCCGGCUUCUGGAGGGCAUCCCUGCUCUCGACCGCGGCCUCCGCCAGCGAAUAGCCUGUGCUUCUUAAAGAAUUCAACUGCCUGCCUGCCGCUGCCUGGCCGGAUUGUCCGUCCGCGUCGUCCCUUCCCACCCUGCUUUUGUUGUUGCAGUAGACGCGCAUACCGCACUGCACCCCAACCUCCUAGCCUCCCUCCGAUCUCUGCUCCGAUCGUCGAGCCUUUUGCGCGCCGGCCCGUCCUGCAUCGAUCUGGCAGUGUGCUUGCAGCAACGCAGCAGCACGCCGCCUCGGUUCUGCCGGAGUGCGUCGUUAGCUACUCUAGCCAGCUGCACGCCGCGCCUGCCACCGUCGCAAACGAGCAGCGCCCUGCUCCUUCCCUGCAACAAACACGCGAGCCGCCCACCUCCUCGCCCCAGCACCACCCGCUCAACCGCGGAAAGCAAUCCCAGAGGCAAGUCCACCACCAGACCUCCUUCGCAUCGAGCGCGGGAGUGCGUGCGUUGCGAGGAGUGUUGGCCCCAUCUCGCCUUGCCUUGCCCUGCCCUGCCCGCCCUGCCCUGCCCUGCCCGCCGCCCAACCCGAAUUCUGGCUUGCUGCUAUCCGGCCAAUCGCCGCGCAGCGCUAGCCAGCCUCCCGCCGCCCACAAAGAUUGCCGUCCGUCUUCGGCGCUCUCCCCGCCAUUGAUCCCACGGUGCUACGACCUGUUACGAUUCUUCACGACCCCUUACGACUCCUUGCAUUCACGAGAACGACCGUCCGUCCAGAGAAUUAGCAGCAGCAGCAGCCUGUUUGGAUUGCCCCGUCCGUGUUGGAAGCGAGCAUCUCAGUGAUCAUUGACGAUACCGCCUGUCCCGCUUGACCCCUCCACCACUCCUUCUUCACGCCCGCACCACUCCCUCACGACCACCACUACGAACUUCACGAAUCCCACGCCGAGCAACGCAUUUCCGCUUCGUGCCAUCCCCUCCACCCCACCCCCCUCCACCCUUCCGCUCUACCGGGUAGUCUUGCGACUACCUCCGACUUCCCGUCGCCCCCUCCGAGAAGCUGGCGCACUCAUCGCUGGAGUACAGCGCCCGAGAC